AUGACCAUGGCAGCUUCAACGACACGUGUCGAGCUUGCCGGCCGCCAUGCUCGCCGCCCUGGCCUUGGCUGUUGGACCUGUAAAGACAAAAAGGUCAGGUGUGAUGCUCAGCAGCCCGUAUGCAACCGGUGCGAUCGGCUCAAUCGGUCCUGCGACUAUAGUCCGAGGCAACGUAAGCCCUACCCGCGGCGUGGAAGCCGCAGUCAAGGGAUCCAGGCUUCAAGGACUCUGCAGACACAAAGGAGUCUGCAAAGAGCCGUUGACGUGGACUUCUCUGCUCGGAACAACUCCAGUUCUCCGCGCAGCUCUCUUGAUGCGCGGCCAAACGCAUCUGCGUCUUCGCUCAUAAUCGGAUCAAGAGAGCGUGAAGCUAUUCAGUAUUUCCAAACAGUAUUUGCUCGGCACCAGCACACCAAAAAUUCUUCCUACAAUGUCGUUGCUGUCAUCUUCCGCAUCGCGUCCCACUCUGCGAUGACGAUGCAUAUGGUGUUGGCUAUAGCUAGACAAGAGAUGCUGUGCUUUCGUGCUGGCGGCAACGCCGACGUAGGAGAUGAUGAGAUGGCUCUUCACCACUACUCAGAAGCUCUGCGCCAAUUUGGAGCAUUCAUCGAAGGCACGGACACCGAAACAGGCAUCGAUGCUGUGCUGGCAGCGACGUGGCUAAUGCUAGCAUACGAGCAGAAGUUUGGCGAUGGCAGUGGGAAGGCACUUUCGAGUCACCUUAGAGGAGUUGCAUCGCUCGUGCAGGUAAAAUCUCGCCACACCUUCAUGCUUUCCACAGGCACGGAAGAUCAAGCAACAUCUCCUGUUACAAAGAUGGAGCUGUCUGCCACAUCUCGAACCAGUUUCUUACCAUCUUUGUUCUCCGCGAGAAUGUUGGUCUGGAUAUCUUUGUUGGACGCAGGUGCAUCAUCGACCCGGCUUGGUGGUGGCAUAAACGGAGCGCUCCACGGCAUGCUGCGGCAACACAAUUCAUGCUCUUACAGCCAUGAGCCUGAAUCGGAGUCGAACAUCUUCCGCAGCUAUACGAAGAUGCAGCGGUUCAGCAACCCACUGUUUCCCAGAGUCUGGGGUGACUCAUAUCCAACCACAGAGCUGAUGGAUGACAUUGACAAUCACAACGUUUUCUUGCUGUAUGGGCAAUGCUUUCAGUUGCGUUAUAUGGUGUCUCAGCUCUACGAACUAGAGUUGGAGCAUUCACCAGCUGCUGCAGACUGCCGCCGAGUCGUGGAGAUGGCGUUUGAUGAUGUGUCGCGGCAAUAUAGUGAGACAUUCCUUCUCGCUCGCAAAAUGUGUCAAGACACCGAUCACAAGAUCCGAGCAGUCAAGAACGUCCGCUUCAUCGUUCCCCAUUUUCAUGCCGCAACUUUGUUCUACCAUCACUCUGCGCGGCUGACAGUCGAGGGAACUGGCCAACGAGCCUCGGCGUUAGCUGGGAUCAUGAAUCUGGCAUUCCAGGCAUUUCAACACGAGGGCGAUGAAGCCAUGCUACGAAUAGCUUGGCCGCUCUUCAUGGCCAUCCUUGAGACUGAAGACCUCCUGCACCGCGACUGGGUCUGCACUCGUUUACGAUCGCUCGCCAGAUACGGGAGAAACUAUGCUCGAGCCGCGACAUUUGCCGAUGCCUACGUUGCGGAAGUGCAACAGCGAGGGCAUAAGCCAGAUUUCAGAGAAUUGCUCGGCUCCGGUGGUUUCGAACAGUUUGCGAUUUGA